AUGAAAAGUAAUCAAAAAAAAUCUUUUAAAGAGUAUUUGGCAGAAAUUGAAGACCCUAAUUACCAAGGAGGCUACCAAGAGGAUAAUAAUUUGUCUGAUAAAGAAUUAAGGGAAAGAACUGGUCUAUCACAGAGAAAGUUAGAGGACAUUUUAUUUACUCGUAUAGAAAAAGUAAAUUCUGACGAGUUAAUCAAUGUGGCUAGUAAAUUAUUUGCUCCUUGUCAAGUAGAAAUUGUUAUUAAAGAGGAGAAUUCCUUUCAUGCCCGAGCCGUUUAA